AAAAUGGAUGGAGGAAAUCAAUCCAUAGUGUCAGAAUUUUUGCUUCUGGGACUUUGCCAUUCAUGGGAUAUUCAGGUCUUGCUCUUCAUAAUAUUUUUUAUGAUUUACCUGAUGACUGUAUUUGGAAAUAUUUUUAUCAUGCUACUAAUCAUCAAGGAUACCCAUCUYCAUWCCCCCAUGUACUUCUUGUUAGCCAACCUAUCCUUUGUUGACAUGUGGCUUUCCUCCAUCACCACUCCUAAGAUGAUCAUAGGAUUUCUCAGGGAGAACCAGAGCAUUUCCUUUGGAGGCUGCAUGUGCCAGGUUCUCUUUGUACAUUUUGUUGGAGGGACUGAGAUGGUAAUACUGGUGGCCAUGGCUUAUGACCGUUAUGUAGCCAUCUGCAAACCCCUCCACUAUACCACCAUUAUGAGUCUGCAAAGGUGCAUUGGGUUAGUAGCCAUUGCCUGGAUUGCUGGCUUUGUGCAUGGCAUGAGUCACCUGGGUGUGAUUGUGCAGUUGCCUUUCUGUGGCCCCAGAGAAAUAGACAGCUUCUUCUGUGAUAUGCCUCUGGUGAUCAAGCUGGCCUGCAUGGAUUCAAAAAAUCUGGACACUUUAAUGAACAUUGACUGUGGGUUUGUGGCUGUAACCUCCUUUAUUCUAUUGCUGAUAUCCUACACACAUAUUCUUGUCACAGUUCGCCAAAGCUCUAAGUCUGGUGCAUCCAAGGCUCUUUCUACAUGCACUGCCCACAUCACAGUGGUGGUGCUCUUCUUUGGGCCCUGCAUCUUCAUCUAUGUGUGGCCAGUCAGCGCURCAUGGUUGGACAAAUUUCUUGCUGUGUUUUACACUGCUAUAACACCUCUUUUAAAUCCUGCCAUUUACUCAUUGAGAAAUAAAGAAAUUAAAGAUGCUAUGAAGAGAUUCAAAAGCUAUUGCAUGAUUCCAAGGCUAAUAUUUAAUGCCCAGAAGCAAGUGAGUGCUUCAAAUUGA